AUGCCACGACCACCCAGAGCCGUAAAAAAGAUACUGUCGCGGGACAAAAACAGUCUAUCGAAAAACGAGAAGAAAAAUGUGUCGUCCUUAGAAAAGGAAAACAAGGAUGAGAGUAAUCAACGUGAAAAGUCUCAAAAUAGCAUUCAAGUUAAUUUUGAGAAAGCAGACAAAAUUAGCGACGAAAAAUCAAAAAACAAAACAAUCUCUAACGAGGUGUCAACAAAUGAGCGUUCUAAUGAACUGUUGCAAACCAAAGACUUGGGACACGUUGACAGUUUACCUUCACCUCUCAAGGAGCGUCACUUGAAUGCAUCACCAAUAAACGACCACGCUUCGCAAAGGCUGAAGCGCCAGAAAACAAAUAUGUUGCCAACAAACUCGGACGGAAUCAGUGACGACAGUGAAGGUAGUGAAGACGAUCCCUUUGGAUUUGCAAAGGCUGAGAAGAAAGUCAGAAGUUAUUUGAAGAAAAAAAAUAGUAACCACUCAUCGAAGGGAGAUGUUGUAGAUGAGUAUAUUAAGGAACGAAAAGGUCUUGGUGAAUUCGAAAUCAUCGAAAUCACUCGAGAUGACAAUCAACCCAUUGUAGUGGAUCAUCUUGAAGAUCCACAAAAUAAUUCGCAGGAUGUUGGUAUUGAUCCGGACGCCGAUGAAGUCGAUGACCUUUUCCUGGUCUCAUUAGACGAACCUGGUGAACCUGCGAAACCCCGUGGAAAAGAUAAAGAAAGCAUUGACGAUGAAAACGAAAAGAAUGACGACAAUAGUUUACCACCGUCACCCACUCACGAAAAAGACCUAACGCCGACCAACAUUCAACCGAAAAAUGGAUCAACCGUAACUAUGACAAAUGAUUUGUUAUAUCUGUUGCCACGGCGCAGGCAUGCGGUGCGUGGAAAUAAAGGAAAAAAGGUUAGACAUGAAGAAGAGUUGGAAGUUGAAGGUGACCAUGGGACGGAUCCAAAAAAGAAAGGCAAAGACAGCAAAAAGAAACAAGCAAAGAGGAAAUUGGAUACGAGCUAUGAAUUAGAUGAGGUUGCUGAACGAGAACUUAGAGAUCGAGUCCGUCAUUUCGAGGAGAUUGAUAAAUAUCCGUUGCCGGUCGAAGAAGCGUGA